AUGAUAGUUCCUCUGGAUUCUUCGGAACAGCUAAUUCCACCAGUUCUCCCCAACGAGAUAGAGUUGAUCCUGAAAAACUUCGACGAUGAAGUGAUAUUUCCAAUAUCUAAAGCGUUGGAAAGGGGAGAACAGCCAAACAAAAUAAAGGAGGCAUUCGCGUCGACAAUAUACUCGGACUGGAAGGAAAUACCGAAUUUCAAGUUCAGAAUCAUGUUUUUCCCAGUGUGCCCACACGCAGAACCAGGACCGACGCUAAGCCAUUUUAAAAUUAGCGCAUACGUGGAGUCAAUGGGAAAGGAAGAUUGGCCAGAAAAUUGGAUAUGCUACGGCACAAGAUUCUGUAUCAUCAUCAUUAACCCGAACGAGCCGCACUCGUCAGUGUUCAAGAGAGACUCGUUUAACUUCUCGAAAACGGAAACAGAUAGAGGAUGGCAGGGAAUAAUGUCGCUGGCACAGAUCAUGGAAAACGGGUUCCUGAACACGAAGGGAGAUUUGGUGAUAAGAGCAGGAGUGUACCCAGUGGGAGCAGAAGCAGACAGGUCAGUGAAGGAAUCACCGUACAGCUGCAGAGAAGCAACAGGGUUCGUGGGCCUGCAGAACCACGGAGCAACCUGCUACAUGAACGCACUGCUGCAGAGCCUGUACAGCAUCACAAAAUUUAGAAAGGCAGUGUACAGCCUGGCAUUUGAUCUGAAGGACGUAAUGGGAGAAAAGUCGUACCAAAUAAUACAGAAGCUGGCAAAGACAAACACGAACCUGAACUACUAUGACGCGGACAAUUCGAUGGACGUGGACACGCCGUACCCGGAGUCGAGCUCGACGACAUACAGAAACGGUGAAGAGCAGAAAUAUGUCACACAAUUCGAUGAAAAUGAACUGCCAGCAGAAGGAGCACUGGGAGACUUCCUGGAUAACCUGGAAGAGGGUGACUACUGUAACCUGCUGUUGGACGAAGAAGAAGAGGAGACGAAGGUGCCGUGCGUAGGACUGGCGCUGCAAAACCUGUUCUACAUGCUUAAGUACUCGGAGGACCCACCAGGCUGCAAGGAGCUGGUGAGGUCGUUUGGAUGGAAGCUAGCAGACCUGUUCACACAGCAGGACAGCCACGAGCUGCUGAAGCUGCUGCUGGACAAAAUGGAGGAGCAGAUGAAGGGCACGAGCGUGGAGGGAAGCGUGAAGAACAUAUUCGAAGGAGAAAUGGAAACGUACAUCGAGUGCAUAGACAUAGACUACAAGUCGUGCAGAAAGGAGACCUUCGAAGACAUACAGCUGGACGUGCAGGGAUGCAGUAACAUCUACGAGUCGCUGGACAGGUUGACGGCGCCAGAGCUGCUGGCAGGAGAGAACAUGUACGAAGCGAAGGGGUACGGAAAGCAGAGAGCGAACAAAGGAAUAAGAUUCCUUAACUUCCCACCAGUGGUGAUAUUCCUGCUUAAAAGGUUCACGUUUGACCUGCAGACGAUGGACACAGUGAAGCUUAACACGCGCUUCGAGUUCUACAAGGAAAUAAACCUGUCGAAAUACAUACAGCAGUCGUCAGAGUCGACAGCGACAGCAAAGGAGGAGCCAGAGUCAAGAGGAAGCAAGGGAAGCCAGAAGGGAGAGGAGUACGAGUACGAGCUGCAGGCAGUGGCAGUGCACCACGGCUCAAUCAACAGCGGACACUACUACGCGUUCACGAAAAGCAGCAGCAACUGGUACAGGUUCGACGACGAAACAGUGACGAAGGCGUCGGAGUACGCAGUUAUCGACGAUAACUUCGGAGGAGAGGAGCAGGAGUGUUACAAUUACCUGACGACGAACAUGAACAGCCACGGAAUGUAUAACAGCAUUAACAGGUUCAGGAAAAACAAAGUAUAUAACGCGUACAUCCUGAUGUACGUGCUGAAGAGUAAGAAGGAAGAGAUCCUGGGAGACGUGGACAUGGCGAGAGAGAAGUACCAGAUGCUGCGACGCUGCAGAACGCAGAGCCUGCUGAGCAGCAUGAGGACGAGAAUCAGAGAAAGACUUAACCGCUACAUAAAGCUUAAGAUAUACACAGCAGGAGACUUCAAAGGAAACACGCUGCUAAACCAGCACUACAGCACGUGGCCGAACAAGUUCGUGCUCACACAAGAUAAAAGCACGAACCUGACGGAACUGCUGAACUACCUGAGGAAGAUGAAGAGAAACGAGGAAAACGUAGACCAGAAUUUCUACGUGCUGGGCUUCCACGAACAGUUUAACAGGUUCGUGCCACUGAAUGACAUCAGAGCGAUGCACAAGGAGCCAAUACAGACGCUGAGUCAGUUGGUAAACCUGGUGAGAAGCGAGUACUACCAGCACUAUGACCCGACAGUGUACCUGCUGCAAGCAACGCCAGCGAAGAACAUGACGGAGCUGGAGGAAAUGGCGAAAGAGAAGGAGGAAGGAAAAGGAAUCGCAAGCAGGCUAAAAAUCACGCCCAAGGCAAACCUGGAGGCAUUCAGCCCUACGAGCAACGGAAGCGGAGGAAUAUUCACGCCGACGAGCGGAGUGUUCACAGCAAGUCUGCUUAACCCACACGCAACGCACACGCAGCAGCUGAUGGUGUUCAUCAAGUACUACGACAUCUUCUCGAGGGAAGCAACCAGUAACCUGAAGUGCAUAAACCUCUCGUACCUUAACCCUGAGAGAAACGCAUCGCAGCUGCUGCCAAUGGUGCUGCAGCCACUCAUGGAAAUGAUGUCGAGCAACCUGGUGACAAAGUACAGAAUGAGGGACCUGAAAAACCUGACGAAAGCAUUCACAGCACUGUACCAAAGCAACGGAGGAAGCACGCAGACACAGUCGCCAGUAUCUAUGAGGUCGGAGGUGAAGCAGGAGGAGGAGGAAGACGACUCAGAAGGCACCUCGGACGGAAGGCAGAUACUGCUGGACGACGAGGAGGAGCUGGCGCUGGACAUGGACAACAAGAUCGAAAUGCUGAUGAAGAAGGAGUCGCUGCACCUCUACUGGUACGUGGAGCUUAACAACAGCUUCACGAACCUGAGUCCGAACAGGAAGAUGGAAGAACAAGUGAAAAACGGAGACGUGCUGGUCUUCAACUUUAGGCCGACGGACGAAAUGAGGAGGGAGAUAGAGCUGGUGGAAAGAAAGACGACACUGAAGGAGGACUUUGAGCCGACGACGCCAGCAGUAAACCUGGACGGAUUCAACAACUUCGUGCUAUGCUCGACGGACAAGUACCUGGAAACGUAUAACCUGGAACAGGACGACUCACUGAAGCAGUACAGAGACCUGAGGAGCAAGUGGCUGGCGCAGAGAGAAGAGAAGGUGGAGCUGCACAAACUGUACACGCCGAGCAUAUACGACUACCCGAGCUUCGUGCACUCGAGAAUGAGUAACGUCAAGGUGGUCUUCAAGCUGUACGACCCUCUGGAGGCACUCGCCACGUGGAAAAACUGCAUCAACGGGCCGGUUAACGCGAACCCAGGAGAAGGAACGGAAAGAGAAGGGAGCGCAAACAGCGGAAAAAAUAAGCUGGAGAUGACAGUGGACCUGAGGACACCCUGCAAACACGUGCUGAGGUACGUGAGCUGGGCACUGGGAGUGGACCCGUCCCACGUGCUGGUCUUCAGCGGAGUGCCGCACACGCUCGAGGCGCAGACCUCGCACCUGCUCUCGCUCGACGACUUCUGCCACAAGGACCACUCGCUGGGAUACGCGCAGCAGUCGCUGAUGGAGCUCUUCAACGUGCACAAGACGCCAGUGAGGAACCACAACAGCACGUACACGCGCUACGCGAACGCGGACUACAGGUACGGGCACGAGAGCGCGAUGGAUGACGAUGACAUGGACUCGGACGGCUCAGGCUCGCACUCGACGCGCUACAACUUUAGGAGGCUGGAGUUCCGCACGAGCCACGAGGGGCGCCACGAGAACGCGGAAGAGAACGUGGUGUACCUGGGCGUCCUCUUCGAGCCGUACUACCAGUGGAACUACAAGAGCAACCAGGAGAGCCUGAACGUGGUCGCGCAGGUGUUCAACGAAAAGGUGCAGGUGGUCGCGAGCCUCAUGUGCAAGGUCCCGCUGAACUCGACCGUCAGGCAGCUCUGCAACCUCGUAUCGCAGAACUACUACGACUUCCUCAACUCGCCCUACUCCUCGCAGAAGAGGGCGAGCUCGCAGAACCUGUUCAACUACCAGAAGAGGACGAGCCACUCGCGCUCGCAGCUCGCCAUCGAGGAGGACGACGAGUGGCCCUCGCUCGUGCUCGUCGACGUGCUCGCGCACUCGUACACCGUGGUAGACCUGAGCUGGCGGAUCAGCGAGCUCCCGCAGUACAGCACCGCCAAGUUCAGGAACCUCUUCUCGGCGCCGCUGCGCUUCGUGCCCAACUGGACGCCCGAGCAGCACGACCUCAUAGCGCAGAGCAAGCUCUGCCCCCUCACCGUCUACCACCAGACGCCGGAGAAGGUGGCCUUCGGGCACCCCUUCCAGGUCCUCGUCGCGCCCUCCUGGAGCUUCCUGCAGGUGAAGACGCACAUUCGGAACACGCUGGACCUGCCCAAGCGCGAGUGGGACCGCUGGUCCUUCUACCAGCUGACUGGCGGGAACACGCGCGUGUGGAAGUCGAACGACGACCACCUCGACUGGGACAAGCCCGGGCUGAGCAUUUUGGCCGAGCACCCGAGCACGACCUACCGGCCGCGGCACACCGGCGUGAUGAGGAUCACUUAG